AUGCCUGCCCCACAAGAUAAAACACAUUUACCAAUUAGGGAACAGAUGGAAGCCCUUAUCCGUCGUAAACAAGCGGAAAUUACCAAGGGUUUAGAAUCUGUCGACACUGUCAAAUUUCAGGCUGACACAUGGACCCGUGGUAACGAUGGUGGUGGUGGUACUUCCAUGGUCAUUCAAAAUGGUUCUACUUUUGAAAAAGGUGGUGUUAAUAUUUCUGUUGUCUAUGGUGAUUUGACUGCGGGUGGGAUCAUGGCGAUGAAGAAUGAUCAUAAAGACUUAGAAUUACCAGUAGACUCAGAAACAGGUUUACCUGUCGCCGAAGGUGUCAAGUUUUUUGCUUGUGGUUUGAGUAUGGUUAUUCACCCAAAGAAUCCACAUUGUCCAACUACUCAUUUGAAUUAUCGUUACUUUGAGACUUGGAAAGCAGAUGGUACUCCACAAACUUGGUGGUUCGGUGGUGGUGCUGAUUUGACUCCUUCUUAUUUAUAUGAAGAAGACGCCAAAUUAUUCCACAGAUUGCAUAAGGAAGCUUUAGAUAAGCAUGACACCGCUCUAUAUCCAAAAUUCAAGAAAUGGGCAGAUGAAUAUUUCUACAUUGCCCACCGUAAAGAAACUCGUGGUAUUGGUGGUACUUUCUUUGAUGAUUUCAAUGACCGUGAUCCUCAAGAGAUUUUAAAGAUCUGUGAAGAUAGUUUUGACGCUUUCUUACCAUCCUACAUUCCAAUCAUCCAAAAGAGAAAAGAUCUUCCAUUUACUGAAGAAGAAAAGAAAUGGCAAUUGAUCAGACGUGGUAGAUAUGUCGAAUACAACUUGAUCUACGAUAGAGGUACUCAAUUCGGUUUAAGAACUCCAGGCUCAAGAGUUGAAUCUAUUUUGAUGAGUUUACCUGAACAUGCUUCCUGGUUAUAUAACCAUCACCCAGAACCUGGUUCUAGAGAAGCUAGAUUAUUGGAAGUUACAACCAACCCAAUUGAAUGGGCUUAA